AUGCCGGACUUUACGGGCAUGCUGGUGCAAGUCACAUUGAAGCAGUCCGGUGCAAACAUCCACGGCAGAGUUCGAAACAUCGUUGCUGGGCAGACAUUGACAUUGGAGGAUGCUUUUGUGCCGAACACUGGUCAUCAUUUGGGGUCAUGGACAGUGCAGAGUACGGCUAUAGGUGAUCUGAACGUUCUUGAUGGACAUCCGGCUCCUGUCUCUGCCAUACGGACUACGGGGCCAGCACCAGUAUUUCCACCCGUCCAGAGAACUCAGAAACAGCAGCAGACACAGGUCCCUUCUAUCUCACCGCCCUUCGCACAGCAACAGCCGCAGCCUCAACGCCAACAACCACCACCUCCGGCCAAAUUCGUAGAUCCUGCCAUUCUGAGCUACGGCAAAUCGCCAGCACCACUUCGAGCUACACAGCCAGCUCCAGCCCCAGUCGAGGCACCGGCUACGCCCGUCAAGAGCUCGCUAGCUGAAGCCGCUGAGAGUUUGCCAUCCAAUGCCAACGGCUCACCUUUUGUUGCUGAGCCUGGUAGUGUCAAGCUUGAUGCAUCCCGAAAUGUGGGCAAGGUACAGAGUCUAGCAGAGAACCAGGCAUCGCCUUCUGUAGCAGCAAAGAUAUCGAGAGACACGAGUGGGCUGGGUAUUCAGAACGGUAAUACCAAUGGUGAGGAUGCAGAGACGGGAGCAAAGAAGAAGACGAGGAGAAGUCAGAAGAAGAAGGUCACACCACCAGCGAGCGCAGGUCCGCCUUCUGUCAUGAAUAUUGAGGUCUCGAGAAAUGGAAAUGAUAUGGAGGCCGAUGUGAAAAGAGGCAAAGGCUGGCGACAAACACCUCUACUUCAACCAACACCAUCUAUAGGGAGUCCCGCACAACCCACGCCAGCGAGCAAGAAGCAAUCACGGCGUCAGCGUGAUCAACAGGUUGAGAUGAACAACGGGUGGGCUACAGAGGAAGCUACAGAUGUCCAAGACAUGGGUGACUUUGACUUCGAUGCCAGCAAUAAGCUCUUCGACAAGCAAACUAUUUUCAAGGAGCUACGCCAGGGUGACACGACUGCAGACGAAGAUAGACUGAUCAGCCACAAUAAGAUUCUGGCUCCGAGACCUGGCACGCAUGGCGGCAAGAACCUGCAUCCUACCGAGAAUGUGCUCAGUCCGAAGAUUGCGCCGACCAAAGCUGCUAGCAAUGAGGCGGCUGAGAGCUCGAGUGAUGCUGAUACAGAGCUGAAUUUCGCCAAUGGACGUUCGUCGUCCAGACAUUCUGUCUCGCGAGCUGCUAUGACGAGGAAAGCUCCAAGUCGCCAGAGUAGUGCUCAGGCGGAGAUGAAGCACCCUCUAGCAGCAUCUGUGUCGUCAGAGCAGCGCAUGAGUGCCGGCCGCCCCGUCACUUCCUUGGCGGGCAGGCCGAAGGUCACUGUUGCCCCUCGCACAGGAACGUCGCCUAUGCUACCAGAGCGUACGCAGUCGCCGCAUUCGACUGUCUCCUUCAGCAAGAAUUCUACGUCCCAAGCAGCGUCAACGAGUCCAGUGGAGCCACAUUUCUUGAUCCAGCCCUCGAGCGCGCAAUGCCCAGUCUUGCAUCCGCGUGCUCUGGAGACUUUGGAAGCCCAGACGAUCUCGGCAUAUGGCUUGAGUCGCGAAGCGAUCACUGAGAGUGCCGCGAGGGCUGUAGCAGAAGCUGCGACAGCGAUGUUCUCCGAAAUGACCUCAAGCAGGAGCAGGCGAGGCUCGCGUGCCAAUACCAGUACGGCCCGAGGCAGUAUGACAUCGAGCAUGACUCUGGACCGCAGUCAACCACCCGUCAUCGUCAUCUUGGCCGGUAACCAUACCCUGGGCGCCCGAGCUAUAGCAGCAGCUCGCCAUCUUCUGACGAGGAAAUGUCGAAUUAUCGUCGCGGAAGCAUUCCACAAUGCCGAAGACAAAGAGACGCAAGAUGAACAGAUGCGUACCCAGACCGCCAUCCUCCGCCGUCUACAGCGAGGUGGCAAGGAAGUGAAACGUGGCAACUGGAAGAAGGCCCUAGGCUACAUCAAGAACCUCACCGGUCCGCCAGCCGUCAUCAUCGAUGCGCUUCUCGGCGGCACGACCUACGAAUCACUAGUCCUCGACGCCGAUUCGAAGUCCAGUCUUCAGCAGGAAGCUAGAGAAAUGAUCGAUUGGGCGAAUCGCUCCCGUGCGCCUGUCCUGUCCCUUGGCUGUCCCUCAGGCGUCUCUGGUCUCGAUGGCAGUGCGCCCUUGAUUGAAGGUGAGCCGUUGGCCAUUAGACCAGAGAGGGUUCUAGCUUUCGCUGCACCGAUGCAGGGGCUGCUAGAGGCUGUCAAGGCCGGUGAGAGGUGGGAGGUUCAUGUCGCUGAUAUUGGCCUGAAUAUUGCUUUGCGCGAGGACGAAGCAGUGGAGUUUGGUGAGGGCUGGGUGGUGGAAAUAAAGUUUCAGGAUGGUGUGGACAAUGUGUCUAUGGAGGGGAGAGCUUGA